AUGAACACGGUGCUGUCGCGGGCGAACUCACUGUUCGCCUUCUCGCUGAGCGUGAUGGCGGCGCUCACGUUCGGCUGCUUCAUUACCACCGCCUUCAAAGACAGGAGCGUCCCGGUGCGGCUGCACGUCUCGCGGAUCAUGCUAAAAAAUGUAGAAGACUUCACUGGACCUAGAGAAAGAAGAUUUAUAUAUUCCUUAAUUUAUUUACAUCUAGAAAAUAUAUUUGAUUGGAAUGUUAAGCAGUUGUUUCUUUACUUAUCAGCUGAAUAUUCAACAAAAAAUAAUGCUCUGAACCAGGUUGUCCUUUGGGACAAGAUUGUUCUGAGAGGUGAUAAUCCGAAGCUGCUGUUAAAAGAUAUGAAAACAAAGUAUUUUUUCUUUGACGACGGAAAUGGUCUCAAGGGAAAUAGGAAUGUCACUUUAACCCUGUCCUGGAAUGUCGUACCAAAUGCUGGAAUUCUACCUCUCGUGACAGGAUCAGGACACGUAUCUGUCCCAUUUCCAGAUACAUAUGAAAUAACGAAGAGUUACUAA